AUGGCGGCACCCUCGCAAUCGCGCCUGCCUGGCCGUCAAGGGUUGCGAUCUCGUCCGACAUCGAUGUUCGAGGUGCCCUCGGAGCACAUGAAAAGACUACAACAGAUUGGCGAUGGCAACGCAGACAUGAACACUACAUCACCCUCGGAAACCGGCACCACCUCCAAGAUUUCGAAGCGACGCAGUCUGCUACCGCAUUUCUCGCGCAAGUCUUCGCAAGACGACAGAGUCGCGCCAGCUUCCAUUCCAGAGGAUGCCGCGCCGUCUGCAGGUGGCAGCGAUGAUCGCAAGGCUAUGCUGCCGCCUCCCAGACCUAGUCGCCUGAGCUCGUUGCGUGCGCCAGGCCGAGCUGCCGCCACGCACUCUCGCACUGCCUCGAAAGAUAAAAUUGGGGCUCCGGGCUCUGCACCAGCGCCUGCCCAGAAAGCCAGCAGCAUUGCGGAUCAAUUCACAUCGCGCGUGGAAUCUGGGCUGAAACGCACGACAUCUACGCGUCUACCGCAAACGCCAAAUCUACGUGGCCCUACUCCCCCUAUUGCUGCAGCAUCAACGAGUACUCAACGGGAACGGGCUAUCAGCAAUGUCAGUACCGCGUCUACUAAAUCCCACAAGCGCGGGUCUGCGAGUAUCUCGAGGACGGCAGCUCCAGGCUCUACAAAACCACCGCAAUCGUCGGGGACUUCGCCUAAUUCAUCCAAGUCACCACCUUCAUCUUCGUUAGCCAGGCCACGAAGUUCCAGGACUCAGAUGCCACCCCCGUCUCGACCUACUUUCUCUACAUAUCAGCAACAUUACAGCCCUGCCAAGACAGCACUUCCAAAACCUCCCAUCCCAGCCGUAAAGGCUACGAAGCCUGCUGCACCGAGUGUGGAAGAUGAGAUACCUAUCACUUUCGACAUCGCACUCGAGCAGAUUGAGCUCCUACAGCUCUCCCUCUUACAUGAAUCCUCCGCCAAAGCUCUCAUAGAAUUUGAGGCAAGUGCCAAAAAGCAGCUCAGUGCUCGGCACACCAAGCUUUCAAGAGAGUAYGAUGGUAUUCGUGCGCACGAGCAACGUCGUAGACGAUUUGUGAAUCUCACGACGCUCGAAUCGUGGGGUGCCGAUCCCGCGCUUCUUGCAGAGCAUCUUCAAACGGUUGUCCGGGUGGUAUCGGACCUGCGUGGACACACCGAGGCUGGAAGCAGAUACUCAGAGAUGACCGGAACCUUUGAGAAGUGGGCCACUGAUGCCGAGUCGUUCCUGAUGGACGAGAAAAGUCCUGCGAACGCUACAGAGGCUCUGCCCGAUUCCUGGCGGGCGACCCAUACCGCACUUUCGUUGAAACUUCGUGCUAUUCAACGUGAUCUCAGCACAUUGCCGCCCCUCCCACCCAAUGAAGAACCAGACAUAGUCCCAAGUAUACAGGUGUUGAUGCAGAGCUGUUCGUCCUUGGUUGAUGGUAUUCUGAAAGAGUUGGAACUCAUGACUAAAAUACAGAAAGAAGUCCUGCAGCGCGGCAAAGAGCGCAUUGAUGAGCAGAUUAGUGCUCUUGUCAGCAGUACAGAUGUCACGGGUGAGAAGGAGAAUUGGAUACCAACGCCCGCGUGGCAGAGCGUUCCGUAA